AUGCCCGAAACUGCUGGCAAGGCUCGGAAGGGAAUGCACGUCGGCGGGCUCCGUGAGACGGCAUACCAAUUGUUUUCCCAGAGCCUUGAUAUUCCACCUAGGCUGCGUUACCUGGAGAUUUCGGGGCCGGGCAAGAAGACGAAUCCAUCUGUCAUCGACCAUCCGGAGGGACUCGAAUCCGGUCCCAGCCAUUAUAAUUCCCUAGUUGGGGGCCAUCCGGGGCUGGUUCCUGCAUGCACGGGAUUCAGAAAUUGGGGGCCGCUAGAGUUGCAGGCGCCGACACGUCUGAUGGCAGGAUACCGGACGAUGCACUCCCUUCCCCGAAAGUGGCUCCUGCAGCCCCCAACGGUGGAACUUUUAGCGGAACAAAAUAGCUAG